CUUCGGUCUGUUGGGUAAAAAUGGGGCGGGGAAGUCUUCGACUUUCAGGAUGUUGGUUGGUGAGCUGAUACCUACUUGUGGUGAUGCAGUCAGUUACAACGCUACGUUGAGAAAAAAUACAACACAGUACUUGAAAAAAAUUGGGUACUGCCCUCAAAUAGGAGCCCUCAACUUGUCAUUCACGGGUGAGGAGACCCUACGACUCUUCGCACAACUACGGGGGAUCCACCCAAAGCGAGUAGAGACAGAGGUGGACAACUGGAUAAGACUGUUGGGGUUAAGUGACCACCGUUCCUUUCUCUGUGCAACGUACAGCAGUGAUACCAGGCGCAAACUGAGCACAGCUGUAGCUCUGAUAGGUUACCCUCCCAUAGUGUUCCUGGAUGAGCCUACGGCCGGAGUCGACCCAUUCGGCAGACGCAAUCUGUGGGAGAUUCUCAACGCAAGCAAGGACAUGGGACAAGCUAUUCUUCUUACUUCUCACAGCAUGAGGGAGUGCGAAGCGCUGUGCGGAAGACUGACUAUCAUGGUGGAUGGUCAGUUGGUUUGCUUGGGGAACACACAAUAUUUGAAGAAAAAGUUUGGACAAGGCUACACAGUGCUGUUUGUGCUACAUACCGUACGAGAACUGCAGGAAAUGAUUCCAGCGCUUAAGGCUGAAAUGUACAAACUGUUCUCAAGAGUGAAAUUGAAAGAUCAACAUAAGAAAGCACUUCACUUCCACAUUAAAGAUGAGAACAUCAAACUUUCCCAGUUGUUUGGUACCAUGGAACAGUUGAAAAAAUCAUAUCCUGUAAUAGAAUCCUAUGCACUUGGCAAUACAACUUUAGAACAAGUAUUCAUCUCUUUUGCUAAAACUCAUAUAAAGCCAGAAAUUAUAAUCUAAUUUAAUUUGUACAAAUAAAUUAUGUUCAUAUGUCA